CAAGCCCUUCAUUAUUAACUUUCAGUCAUAGAGAGAAACAGCGCCAGUUUCGGAAACAAAUGAGGUCCCCUAACCCCUGUCUUCUCGCUUUAUAUGCAUCCGUGGUCAUCAUCAACUCCGUGACGACCGGAAUUAUCGUAAUGCCUGUCAACACCACGGCUGAUGUUUACCUUGUUGGAUACUCAUCUAACCUUACGAGCAGGACUAUAAACUGCGUAAGCUCAGGCUACGUUGGCUGGGAAGGCGAAUGGCUGAGACGAACGUUGAACGUGACGACGUAUAACGAUAGUCAAUCUAGUACGUUGUCAAUCCGUGGGACGGGGUAUAGGUCCUUCGUGGAGACCUUCUUCAGGAAUAAGGUAUCCAAGACGAGAGAGGAUGGCGCAACCCUGACGGGUUUGCCUAAGACGCUGGAGCUGACUGUUGUGCUGGGCCUCGAGCAGUACGGUUAUGGUGUUGUGGACACCAAGCUGAAGAAGGCGUCGUGUUUGCAUGUAAAGUAUACCCAUGCGAAGCCGAAGUACCUAAUACGGUAUUACGAUAACAAUUCCUUGGUCCUCUCCGACCUAAUACGGAACGUAUCGCAAUUAGAACCAUGCUCACUCUGGGUGACAAAACAGUACAUAAAGAAUAUCCCAUAUAUGGCAAAUGAGACGUUUCAAAGGCUCUGCGAUAAUCCAGUUUACUUUGAAGGUGCACCUGGCUGUCCUUGGUUCCCAGAAAUUUCAACAAGAUAAAUAAAAUGUUCAGCAC